AGGGACUGCGCUGGCUGUAAAUGGCCCUUUUCUUUCGACCUGGACCACUCCCCCUCGUUGCUCCUCCAUUGGUCCGAGCCCACAUCAAUCUGGUGAUUUCCAAGUGCUCCUCAAGUUUGAAACUUUUUUUUACGAGUGGGAGGAAUCGAGUUACAGCAAACUGUGGUAACUGAUCGCAGCAGCCGAGGGAAGAAAACACGCGUUCAAUAAUUUACACAUCUGUGCCGAGGACACGGUUACAGAACAAAACCUGAAUUGAACAGCAGCGAGGACGUUUCACGGCCGACACGCAGCAGAACGAGUGGAAGAAAACCUGAAUAUGCUGUGAAGUGAAUUCAUCUGCUCUGCCAGGAUGAACGCUUUUCGCUCACAGUACUAACUUGCUGUCAUCUGGCUGACCGUGUCCCCGUGAAGCUGAGUAAGACUUGACCAUGGACUCCUUCAGCACCAAGAGCCUGGCCCUGCAGGCGCAGAAGAAGCUGAUGAGCAAGAUGGCUACCAAGAGCGUGGCCAGCCUCUUCAUCGACGACACCAGCAGCGAAGUGCUGGACGAGCUGUACCGCGUCACCAAGGAGUACACCCGCAACCGCAAAGAGUCCCAGAAGAUCAUCAAGAACUUGAUCAAGAUGGUGGUGAAGCUGGGAGUGCUUUACAGAAACAACCAGUUCAACAGUGAGGAGCUGAUCCUGGUGGAGAACUUCAGGAAGAAGGUCCACACUCUGGCCAUGACGGCGGUCAGUUUCCACCAGAUCGAGUUCACCUUUGACCGGCGCGUCAUGAGCGCCAUCUUGAAUGAUUGCCGCGACCUGCUGCACCAGGCCAUCAAGCGCCACCUGACAGCCAAGAGCCACUCGCGAGUCAACCACGUCUUCAAUCACUUUGCCGACUGUGACUUCCUGGCGACUCUGUACGGGCCCUCGGAGGUUUAUCGCGGCCACCUGCAGAGGAUCUGUAACGGGAUCAAUAAGAUGCUCGACGAAGGCAACCUCUGACCUCUGCCUCGGCGUUAGGCUCGUUUACCUCGACUCAUCACGAAGCAUUUCUUCUUUUUUUGAGACGACGAUCGUGAACAUUUUUCUUUUUCCUUUGUUUGUGUUUGUGUUUACUGUAACAUCGAAAUUCGCUUGGCAACUUUGUCCAAAGUAUAUUUCUUUUUCCAGCCUUCUUUUUAAUGAAUGUAAAACUUCAUGCUCUUAUCUCCAUAGCCUGGACAACUGUGCCUUAAAUAGCAUAUUUUAUCUUCGUUCCAAGGGCUCGCUUUCUCUCUGUCGCUUCAAAAAGGCAAGAAACCAGGCACAGGCCUCCAGCUGUAUCUGUUAAAUGGACAAAAGUGGGUCUGGGAGCAAAACGAGGAGAAGAGAGCGAAUUUCCAAGGACAAAAAGAAGUUUUACUGUCUGUUUGCUUUUCCUGAAAGCAGUGUUGCACUCGAUCCAAACAAGCGCUGUACUGUAGUGAAACCAUGUGAACGACGGCAGUAAUCCUGCUCAGCCAGCAUUUUGCGGCUCUCGCCCUCAUGCACUGAACUCUGGCUUUUUGUUUCGGAGCCACUUAUAAACCCACAUUUGCUUCCAAUAGCCUGGUUUAUAACCACCACAACAAAGGCAAAGUAUUUGGGUCAUGGGGGGAAUGUAAACUCGAAGGAAUUUGAGCGUGCUGCGUGUUGUUGAUCGUCUCUGCGCCGACUCGAAUGUCUCGCCGCCUGGACGCUCAUCUAGCCUGAAAAAUCACGGCCGGGCGGCGAGGGCGGUGCACAAUCUGGCACCAGGUGCAAAGAUUGCUCUGGCAUUUUGUCAGAAGGGAAUUAAGCGCCAACUCGGUCGAACCGCUCGCCGUAACGGAUGCCGUUAGUCCGGGGUCAGCUGUGUUUCAGGUUGGGGAGCCUCACGUUUAUCCUUAAAAGCACUAAAACUCCAGCUCAAAUUCUGACUGAUCACAACUAAAAAGUGAGCAGGCAGAUGAAAGACUGCAGCGCCGUGUGUGUGAAGAGCGCCGGGCAGAGCACGGAGAUUAGAGCAGAGACAAACACGGCGCCUGAUUGUGCUCUCCCACUGCAAUUAUCGCUCCCCGCUCCGGGGUGGCGUAAUGGCUGGGAGCCGGGAUCCGUCGAGCAGCCACUCCAUUUCACCGCACGGCAGCCUCGUGUGAUGAGAUGGGGAUAACGUCUCUGUUUGCGCGAUGCCAGUCCUUCUAAUGGAGUGAAAGAUGAUGUUGUGUUUCUCCCUUACAAAGGAGUAUAUGAGUAGUUACUACAGCCCUCUCCAACCUUGCAUAAUGGGCAUCUUUCCUUUUUUUGUCUGUGUUUUUGUAUCACUGAGCCUGUCUGGGAGAUUGUUUUGUGCUGCGGCCUCAUUGUGUGUGUGUGUGUGUGUGUGUGU